UUUUUUUCUUUAUUUUUUUUAAAAAAAUUCGAAAAUAUUUUGAAAAUCAAAAUGCGGACCAAUUUAUAUUAAAUAGGUAAAGUUCGAAAAUAUUCUCAAGUGGUUUUAAAAUAAUUGGUACUUUUCAAAAUAUUGAGUACUCAAAAAUAACGGUUUGACUUUAGGAAAAAAAAUUCGAAAAUCCUAAAGUUCCGCAAAUCCUACUCAAAUAGUAUGAAUUACUAUCAAGUAAUUUUUAAAAUCGUAGUUAAAGGAUUUACUAGUUUGCACUAUUAAUUAAUGCAAAGCAGCUCUCAAACUAGAGCUCUGCAAAUACCACUUUGUAACACCCUGAUAAUUCCUUAUAUUUAUAAUUCCUUUUUCCAACUAAUAUAAAAUAAUUACCAAGAUAUUACCGCCACCGUGAUAACGGCUAAGGCUAUUUACCAGAAUUACGCAGCGGAAAUAACUAACUUUCAAAACAUAAUAAAUAGUUAAUGCUCAAUCAACAACUUGGAACCAUUAAGCCCAAAAACUAAAGCAUUAAAUAGUUUAAACCCCAUUAACUAAAGUUUACAUAAAUAUAGUAGUCAUGACUAAAAAUAAAAGUAGAGUUUAUAAAUACGGAAGAAUAAAUAAUCUCUCAACACUUCCCAUGAUAACUUCUCCCGCAAGUUAUCUCUACCAACCUGCUUAUUGAAAACUACUCCCCGACAACGCAAAUGCAAUGAUGGAUCAUCAUAGAUUAAGGCGAAGGCCAUGACCGAGAGACAUGCAUCGCGAAGUCAGCAAAAGCUGAGUACGAACACCUAGAAUGAAAUCCUCGUCUAACAUGCUUCACUCAACAAUAUAAUAAUACACAUGAAAAAGCUAUUUAAUAAACAAUUAAUCAUGGAGACAGACUCGAUACUCGACACGACUCUUGACGCACAGAUUAAAAAGAAUUAGCUUCGAACGGGUAAAAUAUAAUCACCACAUAGGGAACGAUAAGGGUGUUGGGAGCCAACCAAGCACCAAAUAAUAAGGGUCGGACUUUCUACCGACAGUCGGGCCAUACCGACGGAAUUCCAGCACAUGAAAGCGAUAAAACAAAAGAAUGAAACAACGUCUCGUAUCAUUCAAGGAGUACGAGUUUCCAACAAGACUCCCCCCAUUGUGCAUACUCAAGGAUAUAUACGUUCCAAGAGUUUUGAAGCUCAUUCGGGUUAUACUUUACGUUAAAUAAUAUGUUAUGUUCAAGAUGACUCAAGACUCAACAUAAAACAUAACAUGCAAGCAAUUAAACAAUGACGCUUUAUUUUAAUCCUUUAGGACUUGUGAUCAAACAUAGGACUCAAGUGAAAUUACUCCUAUUGUUCCUUCUCAAACAUUGUUGAGAUAACCCGACAUUGCCAGUUAACGAGAGUGGUGUUCCCAUAGCACGAAUAGUCCUUAGUUCAAUUCACAUAAACUUCCCAAACAUAUUCUACUCGGCGGUAGAAUAAAUAAUGCACUGAGGCAUAUCUACUAGGAUCAAAGUAUGCUAGACAUCCCGUACAAUAGCAUAAUCAUAAAACUUACAUGCGAAACACUCAUACAUGCAUAUAACUUGAUCAACAUGCUUGACAUAAUUCAAUGAUUAUAAAAGUCCAUAACAUGAUUGUCCACAUAGAAUUCAUAGAUUCAAUAAUAAUUCACAACAUGCUUGUUCACACAUCAAACAUGAAUUCUCAACACUUUAAGUUCACAUUUUCAAAACCAAUACACAUCACAUAAUCCUCAUGAAAUAGGUGGUCACCCUAGUCAUGUACGUACCUGAAAUACCUAAGUACGGGGGCCACUGUGCGAAUCACGACUCAAAGCUAGAAAUCACCUCAUAUAAAUGCAAUAGAGAAACUUAAUUAUUAUCCAUGUUUACUAAAUUUCCAGCAACUAUUUUAGAUUCUAAAACCUUUUUUUUAUUAGAAAUUAAUCGUUCUGUACCAAAUUAAUAGUCUCAAUUGGUCAAUAAAAGUUCUAGUACAAAAACAUUGACUUUUGGUCUUUAAAAUCAAUAAAAAUCAACACUUUACGGCCUUAUAUUAAAUCAGAAAAUUAAGUUUGAUUCCCAUAAUUUAAAUCAUCAUUAAAUUUUGUAAAUCAAUUGAGAAAAAGUUAGGAUUAAAACCCUAUCAAUAAAGCAUCAUAAAAAUCAUGUUUUGAUCAUAAAAAUUGACACUUUAAUCAUUUAUUAAAUCUGAAAAUCAUAGUUCGUAUAAUUAAAAUCAAUCUCAUGAAUUCAAAUAUGAAAACAUUAUAAUACGGUAUUCAUAACCGUUACAAGCAGUUUAAAUAAUCCGAUACAAUAAUAAUAAUUUAAUAAUUUAAAAUGGAAUUAGAAAAGGGCCAAAAAGUAUACGGAGUAUUUGGAAAAACAACAACAACAACAACAACACACACCCUUGGGUGUUGCGUGCGGGCAGCGAACACAAGCCGCAGCCGAAGGCGGGACGCGGGCAAGGCUCGCAAGGAGCAGCGACCACGCAGCAGCAGCACGCGCGGGAGAAGCAGGCAGGGCAGCGCGCACGGCACGGGUGAGGAGCGAGGACGUUGGGCUUCUUCGAUCACACUACACGGUACACAGCAGCAGCUCGUCGCUGUGCGUUUGCGAGGGUAAGCGAGAGCGCGAACGAAAGAGAGGGACGGUGCGCGUGAGGCGCGAGAGGAAGAGGGAGACGAGGGCGAGGGUGCACGAGGGCACGACACUCGACAAAAGGCAGCGACGUACGAGGAGUGUGCGGGCUGGGAAAGCAACGAGCAAGGCACGAGUUCGUGCUUGCUUGCGGCCGAAGGAACCGGGCUAUGGGAGAGAGAUAGAGCCGAAAAAAAAAGAGAAGAUGAGAGAAUUUUCAUAAUUUUGUGGGGGAUCAAUUGAAGGGUUGGGUUGUAUUUAUAGGUUUUCCUCCCCUAGAGGGCUAGGUUUUAGGGUUUUGAGUUGGGCUUGAUAUGGGGUUUAAUUAUAAUUAAUUUCUUGCAACCCUUGUUGGGUUUACCAACAGAAUUGGAUUGGUCUUGGAUUAUAAUUAAAAUAGCUUUUCAAAUACGACCCAAUAAUUCCCGGAUAAAUAAAUUCAUUUAAUUUAUUUAAUAAAAAUCCAGUUUUCGUAAGUAAUUAAUAAUUAAAUUAUUUAAAAAUAAAAUACAUUUAAAUCACAUUAAAUGUAAUUAAAUUCAUAAAAAUAUUUAUAAAUACAAUAAAAUAUAUUUAUAUAUUACGAAAAAUACGAGGUAUUACAGUUACCCUCUUUUUUUACUAGUUUGUAGGAGUCGCCAUUCAGUUUAAGAAAACUGACAAAACCCGGUUAUCGUGAUAUGCCUGGAAUGCAAACAUAUUUGACUCACAACGGCCAUAGGUUCCCUUGUGAUCCAUGGUGUGGAGAUCCCUCAACGUACAUCCAGCGGAGUAGAGAUUGAGAGUUGGGGGAUAUUUACUAAUACGGGGAGUGCCCAACAUUAGCCUACGCGACGGUCCUUACUAGUUCAAUGCUACGACGAACGGGGCAUGCGUUAUGCUACAUUACUAAUCAGAGUUGGUUUUAAUGCACAGAUAUUCAAGAUACCUAGCAAUAAACCGGGUUGUCCAGAAAUUAUUUGAUUUAGGCGUGAGUAAUAUAGCAGAUUAUAUGAACAGAUUUAUAGAGGUGAUGAAAGUUGUAAAAAUGUAAAGUCCAGGUUACAAUAUAUCGUAGGCUAUACUGCGGUUCUCAGGAACACCUACCACUUGAUUUUGCUAGCUUUCCUUUUAACUUUUGAACUCUCCGGUAAUAGACUCACUACGGGGUGGGAUUCUUCCAGUGUUUUUGUGUGUUUAGGCUAGAUAUUGGGUCAGAACUUCGGCAACAUCUGGACUGAACUGGGAGAUCGUGCGGGCUGAGUCCGCUGAAUAGUGUGUUAAUACGGCAGACGGAUGAGAAUGCGGGACAGAGAAAAGCUUCGGUCAAUACUCAAGUUUAGGUUUUAAGGUUGGGAUUCUGUGUUAUUUUCCGUAUUUCAGAGGCUUGAUUUAUAUUGUAACAGGUCAGAAUAAGAUAAGUUCAAGAAAAUGAGAGUUUUCUGAAAAGAAAGUUGUAGCGCUAGAAUAUUCCAGCGCUCUGAUCAGGAGCGCUAUUAUUUCUAGCGCACAACAAGUCAGCCCAGAUUUGUUAUUGACGGUUGGAUUAAAAAUUUAUCUUUGCGUGAUUGUUAGUCAGUCAUAGAUUGUUCGUUGCAUACUUAGGAAAGCUUACUCAAGCAGUGUUUGGCUUAAUCAUCGAACACAUCGUAUUGGGCCUAGGGACAAAUGUAGGCAUCUACAGUUAUCCCCCACUUUGAUUGAGUCUGGGCAAGACGAUAAUCAAAGUAUUGGUAGACGGAGUGCGUCUAGAACUUAGUCCAGUUAUGAAAAAAUUCAAACGAGGGUCUCGCGAUCCCCCUAGUGAUAAUAUUUGACUGAAGGGUCAUCACUUGGAAUGCCAACAGUUCCCUCACGAGUCAUCGGGAAUCUACUGACUUAAACUGACUUCUCACAGGGUCAUUGAAGCCGUUCAAACGGUGGAUGGAGAUUUUUGAAAACAGAUACUUAACAUGAUUUUUUUUUAAACGGAAUACAGGAUAUGGAAUGACAAUGGAAUACAUAAUACAUAGUACUCCCGCAGUCCCUUAAUACUCGCACCGCUUUCAUUUUCGUGUCAUCACUUAAUACUUGCAUCGCUUCUAUAAAUGGAAAUUAUUUACUAAUAUUAUAUUAUUUCUGACACUUGCCUAUUAACCCACCUAUGCCCCUACUCCCUACAAACAAUAUUCUAAAAUUCAAACCCUCACUCACCACUCUCCACCAUUACACGUUUCCCACUAACUAUAUUAAAAAAUACCCCACUAUCAACUAACACCCAUUAAAUUAAUAAGUCAAUUCAAGUGUCCUAAACUCCGCACCGGUCAAACCGGUGAGAGUAGUAAGGGACGGAUGAAGUAUAGAAUACGAAAUGACAACAAAAUACGGGAUACGAGAUAUGGAAUGACAACGGAAUACAGAAUACAGAAUACGGAAUAUGGAAUACUGGAUAUAGAAUGACAACGGAAUACGGAUUACAAAAUACAAAAUACAGAAUACGGAAUAAGGAAUACGAAAUAAUGACAUUUUUAUUAACGAGGAAUGAAUAAACCUCUAAACAGAAUAUAGAGAAUAAUGACAUUUUUAUUAACGAGGGAUGAAUAAACCUCGAAGCGGAAUACGAAAUACGGAAUCAUGACAUUUUUAUUAACGAGGAAUGAAUAAACCUCGAAACGGAAUACGGAAUGGUGACGUUAUUUUACUGCCGAGGAAUGAAUGAACUCAAAACUGCAAACUUUUAGAUUUUAUUUUUUGGAAAAAAUCAGUAAUUACUUAUAAGAAAUGAUUUUUAAAGAACCGCUACCUGAAUGGGUUGUGAUUUCUCGUCAUGUCGCUUCCUGUUGGUGGGCUAACGGAAUAACUUACUAUUCUUUUUUUGAAAAUAAUAAUAUAUAUAUAUAUAUAUUUGAAAUACUGUUAUUUUCCCGCGGGGAGGAAAAUGGAAAUAGUUAAGCGUUUAUUUGGCGAGAAAUGGGGCAAAGUGGCCCGUCAUUUUAUUUGAAAAGAAUAUUGGUGCGCUGGAAAAUUCCAGCGCGUACAUGGUUGCGCUGAAAAUGCUUGCUUUCGAGUCAUCUCCCCCCUUGUUCCCGAUCGUGUACGUUUUCAGGGAGGUGGUGAGCUCUAAUGCAUCUAGGCGACUCUUGCGUUUGAUUUUGGAGAAGUGGUGGGAUACCACCAACACUUUUCACUUCCCUGGGGGGAGAUGACGAUUACUCCCGAAAAUACAUUGCCCUUACGAAUUUGUCCUUCACGGGCACUUCGAUUUUCAGUAUUAGGGACUGAGAGAUGCCAUUAGAUAAGAUGGUCAGAUAGUGUAUCGUGAGGAGUUGGCUGUGGAGGUUGCCAAGUAUUGACGAAAGGGGAUGCCUUACUCCUUGCUGGUGUCUGUUUUGCGGAGGGUCGCCCUUCUCGUACUUCUGCGAGGCUAUAUGCUCGCAUAUUCUACUUGAUGUUCUUGAGUUCGACGAUCUUGUCGAGCCGUUCUGAGAGGGUGCAUCCUUAGCUGAUUCCGUUGGUGCGGAAUCUAUCUGAACUGGAUUCGUUCUGCUAGGGUAAGCUUAUGAGAACCUGAUUAGCCACAUGAGUGUGGUUGUAUGGGUUCUGGAUGGCCCGGAUAAGCCUGUGAGGGCUAUUCCUCUGUGGGUCGUACCGCGACUCAUUGAGUUACGUGCCUUAUUAUUAUCAUUUAGAAAUGCUAAAUGAGUUAGGUAUUUAUUCUAACUGAUUUUUAUUGUUAUUGUUUUCUGCAACUGUGGGCUUUCGAGUGCUUACCUUUCUUUACCCCGCGGUCCGGUAAAGUAGACAAGGGCUACCUCGUGGCCAACUGUUUGGGUGGUGCCGGAAAGCUGAAGAGGCGGUCCACUAUGGCGCAGUUCAGGGAAUGAUCUUGACUACGCACCCUGGCGUGGAGGGUUGGUCUUGUUGGGCCAAACUAGGUGAGACAGAGGAGUUGACGGAGGCUCGGCGCCAGUCUCGGUGCCGAAUUCUGUAUCAAGGUCCUAGGGGUCCUUCUUGGUUCUUAGGAGAGCGAGUCCUUCGGCAGACGUUGGAGCUCUUAGUGCCUCGGUCGUCACCUACUAGCAUGCUGCACCCCACGGGUAUUCUUCCUAGUUGUCGGGCAGUGUUGCGACAAGGUGUGUUUGCGGGACAACUGGUCAGGGAUGAGGACAACCACCCUGAUUUUAUGUGCGCCCGAAUCUUGCUUCCCCCGUUUGUCGAGCCUGAGCCUACUGAUCACGACGGUUGGGUUCCGCCUGACUGCGUGAUUCGUUAUACCACGGCGAGUGGUUCUAGGAUUACGGAGGAGGUUCCCGUCAUCCCUGGCGAGGAGGGACUUCACUCGUUAGUCCCUGCGAAUGCUCGCGCGGUACCUGUUAGGAUGGUCAUCCAGGUAGUCAGGGUGGUCAAUCGGUUGAUGAGUGCGUUGUCUCAGGCUUGGGCGGCUCUUUCUUGCACCAACCCGAGUUCGACGUACUCAGGUUUAUGGAGGCUUAAGCUGAAUCCAAAUGGAGCUUGAUUGUAUUCAAUGGAUCUAACUUUAUGUGUUAUAUAUUAAGGUUGUAUUCAUUUAGUAAUAUGAAUUGUUGUAAGUUUAAUUGUGAGGUGAAAGGUUUAUUAUUUAUUCAAGGAUUAUUCAUUUGAGUUAUUUAAGGUUAUUUUGUGGGCCCAUAACCCACAGGUUCAAGAUCGUGAUUAAUUAAGAUUAAGGUUAAUUUUUCUGAUGCAUAUUAAGAGUUAAUUGUGAUUAUUAAGGGUUAAGUGUUCUUUAUUAACAGCUCAAAAGAGCGGGCUGUUACAGGGUGCCUGCGCCGCAGACGCAGAGUUAGGACUCUUCUCAGCUUGAUGCCUUGUUUGAUGGGCUGCCCGGUUCACAGGGUGCAGGUACGAGCGGAGGUGCGCAGGAUGAUGAGGAUGAUCCCUUCCCUCCGGGGUUAACUGGGCCCCCUUAGUAGGCCAUGUACAUGUGUUUGUAUGGACAUGUAGUAUUUUUUGUUUUUGACAUUCGUGCUACGAUUUUGUACAUAACUUUCAUUUUUACGUACUUAGCUUUCACUUUUGUUCGUGCAUUAAUAUGCAAUUUUUCAUCUUCUAG